UCAAACCACCCCCUUCGCUCUCUCUCUCUCUCUCUCGCUCUCUCUCUCUGUGCAAGAAAAUGGCGAUCAAGAAGCCUAACAAGCUCCCGCAAGCUGCCGUCCUGAAGCAGAUCCUGCGGAGGUGCUCCAGCCUGGGCAAGCGGUCCUCCCAAGGGUACGACCAAGAGGGCGGGGGAGGCCUCCCUCUGGACGUGCCCAAGGGGCACUUCGUGGUCUACGUCGGCGAGAACCGGACCCGGUACAUCGUGCCCAUCUCCUUCUUGACCCGUCCCCAGUUCCAGAGCCUCCUCCAGCGGGCCGAGGAGGAGUUCGGGUUCGACCACGACAUGGGCCUCACCCUCCCCUGCGAAGAGGUCGUCUUCCGGUCCCUGACGUCGACGCUGAGAUAGAGGGAACGAAAAAGAAGAA